AUGUCGAUGCACUUGGAAGUAACCCACAGAGCGACAAAACUCUUCCAAAACAAUCCAAUUUACGCCGAAAUACUGCGUGAUUAUGAACCGUACUUGCAAGCCGGUUCAUUCUUUCCUGACUGGGGCUACGCAUGCGGCUCCGCAUCAGACGAAUCCGAAGCAGCCCACUGGCUUCCCUUCUGGAACCACACAAUCGCAUACAUUCGUAAAACAUACCCACCACCAUUAACAUCAAACGCAAAAGCUUUAAUUGCAUUCUUGUUUGGGAUUGUGUCGCAUGGUGCUGCUGAUGCGCCGUGGCAUUCGCUGGAUUCGCGGGAAGGGUUUAUUGAGGUUAUGGCAGAGUAUGAUUUUGAUGGGGUGUAUGGAGAUGCGCAUGCGCAUGCUGAUCCUGGUGGGGAUGUCAUGUUGGCUUAUGAGGGCGGGCUGGAGUAUUUUGAUAGAGUAUGGAGGAUCCCUUCACUCGACAUUGUCAACAUCUACCACAUCGCCGGCUAUACCAACGUAACCCGCCUCCAGCUAGACGAAUGCAUGCUCAUCGGAUACACCGGUGCCCAGCUCAACAGAGCAAUGGGACACUACCUCUACCCAGGUUUCGCAGCUCCAUCUCCCUUCUUAGUCGAACAGUAUAUCGAUUACUUUAAAGGCGGGAUUGUCGAUAUGACGACGUGGGUAAUCACAUGCUGGAAUUCAACUAUCGAGUGGAUUGAGAAUGGGAGUGAGGGAAGCAGGUUUUGUAAAAUGUUUGAUGACUGGAGUUUUGAUCAUGUGGGGAGAAGGGGUGAAGGGCAGUAUGUUUUGCAAAAUGGGCAUGGAUUUAGGACCACGUCGAUGAGGAAUGUCCGGUGUAUCAACUCUGUUAUUAGUUUAGAAGACACGCUGUUGAAACUAUCUUCCAGGUUUUGGGUCAAGCCUCAGAGAGUCGAACAUGUUGAUAUUACUGAAUUCAAACUCGUCAGUCUGUUUGCUCCUACCGCACCAUCCGAAAAUCCAGCAAAACCACAAUCACAGUCACAAACAACAGAAAUAAUACCCACCAUCCGAAAAAUGAUCCGUAUAAUUAAAUCAUACAUAUCCUUUAUAUUCGCAUUGGGACGUGCAGCAGGAGACGUCAUGCAUGAAGGACUGAUGUCGCUUUUCGAACGCAAACCAAUGUCAUGUCCUACUGCAGAACGUGUAGAAACAUGGAGUAUCCCAGCUCCAUAUGCUGCGUUUGGUAACAGUAUGGUGUCUCUCGAGAUUAAUGGGCGGACUGUACUGGCUAUUGGAGCACCGUAUUAUACAAUGCCGAAUUCGUCGACUUCGCAUAUUGGUGCUGUGUUUCUUACGUUGCUUGAUAAGAAUACUAGUAAUAGUAGAACAAGUGAUGUGCCUUAUUUCGCUAUGUUAUAUGGAGACGUAUCAAACGCAGGCUCACGAUUCGGUACAUCACUCGCAAUAGUAGACCUAAAUUCCGAUGGGAUACCGGAUAUCGCUGUAUCUGCUCCAUCACACGAUGCAUCUAAACUAUACUACAAUGGUCGUGUGUACGUCUUCUUCGGACAAAAACAGCUCGAGGGUGGAUUUUCAAUGGGACAAGAACCUGAUGUAAUAAUUGAAGCCACACAACCGUUUCCGAAUAUCCCACCGUUCAAAGAGGGAACUGGUGUUGGUGCACAUUACAAGUACCGGUAUAGGUUUACUGUGCUUGGUGUUGCGUUGCUGGGAGCUGAUGUUGAUGGUGAUGGAUACAAGGAUUUGGUUGUUGGAUCCCCGUUUGCGGCGUAUGAUGGUGGGAUCAGUAGUCAGAGAGGUGUAAUCCACGCAUUCUACUCAUCAUCAAACCAUACCGGUGUCAUUGACGCCAGAUUAAAUGCCGACUGGUUUUUCCCAUCCCCUGCACGAAUAGAUUUUGAGAGGUUUGGAAGCUCGUUGGCCAUGGUGGACAAGGAUAUCUUGGUUGUUGGAGCUCCUGGAUUUGCAUUGCUGGGUGAUAAGACACGAGGACGGGUAUAUGGUUUCAAGAUUAAGAAACGAGAUCAGUAUCCAGUUCUGCUGUGGAGUGUGGCUGGGACGGGUGAUUUUGGACAGUUUGGAAGCUCAAUAACACCAUUCACAACCAAUAAUCGCACAAUGCUCAUCAUCUCGUCAUCAUCUGAAAGAAACCCAUACGCAUCAUCCCGAGUCCUGGAUUUACCUGGUGCAGCAUACGAUUACUCGUUGCGUGGAUUCCAGGCUGGAAGUAUACGAGUUAUUGAUACGACUGAUUUGGUAUUGCGUGGGAUUGGAGAUGAUGAUGUAAAUGAUAAUGUGACGCUUUUGACGAUUCGAGGGAGUGCUAGUUCGUCGCAUUUAGGAUGGAAAGGUGGUGUGGCUGUUGGGAGGGAUGGGAUUUACCUUGGUGAGAUGCUUGAUAAUCGAGAGCAAGAACAAGUCCACUUAAUCCCAGCACCAACAGCCGGAACUCAUGAUUCACCUACCAGAGUAUCAACAACAUGCUGGCAAGAUAAAGCAUCAACGUCGCAACAACAAACACGGUUUGGAUCUAAUAUACUCGUUAUGGAUGUUGACGGCGAUGGGAAGGAAGAUUUGAUUGUGAGCUUUGAACAUGGUGGUGUUGAUUUUGCUGGUUCUGUAUCUGUUAUUUAUGGAUAA